AUGUCAAGCGAUCAAAUAUACUCGGCCAAGUAUUCUGGGGUAGGUGUUUACGAGUUUAUUCACCCGACGGGGUCUAUUAUGAAGCGGAAACUAGACGAUUGGGUAAAUGCGACGCAUAUACUAAAAGCAGCGAAAUUUGCCAAGGCGAAAAGAACGCGGAUUUUAGAGAAGGAGGUUAUUAAAGACAUCCAUGAGAAAGUGCAAGGCGGGUUUGGUAAGUACCAAGGAACGUGGGUGCCAUUGGACAUUGCACGAACACUUGCCGACAAGUUUGGUGUGUUGCAUGAACUUAAGCCACUUUUCGAUUUCACGCAUGUCGAAGGAUCACCGUCACCACCGCCUGCUCCCAGACACCAUCAUGCUUCCAAAAACGACUCUCUAAGAAAAAAGGGCACGAGAGCAGCUUCAGCGCUGAAAUCACGGACUUCUGAGUCUUCAAGUCCCGGUGACACUCCUCCAGUACCGAGAAAAAGAGGAAGGCCACCAUCUAAGAACAAAAAGCCUGCAGUUGACUUGCAAAGAUCCAAAAGUGACGUUACUUUCCCCAAACCGUCGAUCCCGGCUUCUUCUAUAAAUUCCACCAAACUGCCAUCUAUUCAGAGCCCUCUGCAGCGUACAAUAAGUCUCGACCCAGCUAUUAUCAGAGAAAGCAUUGAUUCGCAGCAGUUCAAAGAGCUCGACAUCGAAGAUGGUCUAUCGAGCGAUAUUGAACCCAGCUUUACCACUAAGAUGGGUACAGAACAAUCCCGCGCAUCUUCUCGCCCGACCUCGCCCGAGGAUAUAUCCGUGGAUAAUACCUUCGACCAGCGAACCAUCGGGACUGCUGGUGACCAGGACGAACUGGGAAGCGCUACGUCGCCGUUAUCCGCCAUGAUCCCUCGUUUCCCGAGCCAACCCACUUCUCAAAGCUCGGACGUUAAUUUGAAAGUAAACGACUAUCUGUCCAAAUUGGUUGAUUUCUUUAUAUCCAAUGAUACACGCUCCGAAGAUGAAGUACCGCCGGAACUUCUUUAUCCACCAAGUCAUAGCGCUCCUUACAUCGAUGCUUGGAUUGAUCAUGAACACCAUACAGCAUUCCAUUGGGCCUGCGCAAUGGGCAAUUUGGCGAUUGUAGAGGCCCUAUGCCACGCCGGGGCCAGUAUACGCCCAGUUAACAUGCGCGGUGAAACUCCUCUAGUCAGAUGUUCCAUUUUCCACAAUUCCUUCACGAGAAGAAGCUAUCCCCGAAUCUUUCAGCUUCUACGUGACACUGCAUUCGACGUUGAUUCCUUAUCUAGAACACUGAUACAUCACAUUGUGCAGCGAAAAUCAUCCACUCCUUCAGCGGUUUAUUACCUUGACAUUGUGCUUUCGAAGCUCCGGGAUUUCUCACCUCAAUAUCGAAUAGAAUCUUUGAUCAAUGCACAGGAUAACGAUGGAAACACGGCUCUGCAUGUUGCAGCAAAGAAUGGGGACAAAGUAUUUUUCCAAACCCUUAUCGAACAUGGCGCUUUGUCCACUGUCAAGAACAACGAGGGCACAUCUGCCACGGAGCUCCUCAACGUGAAUUACUUACCGUCUCAUCAAACCAUAACGGCUAACGGCAAAGGCAAGCAUAACUCGACGCCCGCGUCUCCUUCAGAAUACGUCAUGUAUCCCUCUCAGGCGGCCACGAGGAUCAGUCGAAGCAUACCAGAAGUUGUUAACACGAUGAGGGAUAUUGCGGAGAAUUACAAUAUGCUUCAUCAGUCUAGAGAUAGUGAGGUAGAAAGUCUGUCCAGGACUUUGGCCAGCAUGACAGAAACAAUAAAUGCUGUCAACAAGAAAACGACCGAGGUUUUCAAUCUGGAAAGCUAUGAAGAAGCGGAAAGCUAUAUGCAAUACAAGAGCGCGGAAGUAGAGUCAGAAAAGUUUAAUUUUGAACAUUCGAAAAAGGACAUGCUCAAUCGGCUCGAAAGGGGACAAGCUAAACAACUGGCACAAUUCGUACAGGAGGAAGAGAAGCAACUGUCUCCGCCUCAAAAGAUAAAUUCAGAAAUUGGCAAUGAAAUUGAAGGCAUGAAUUUGGCAAUAGAGCUGGCUCUCUUGCAAUGGAAACGAAAGAAUAAGUUACUGCAAAUUUUACAUGUCAUUAGCGAUAAUUCCAAAAUCCACAAGUUCAGAAAGAUGAUAUCCCAAGGUACGGAGAUUGACAUCGACGAAGUGGACAACUGCCUCGAUGUAAUAUUAACAGCUUUAGAUAAUUAA